AUGUUCGUUGCUGCACUCAUACUCUCGUUCUCCACGGAAUGGAGAUUAGCGCUUUUCAUGUCACCAGUGGCUCCACUAUCGUGCCUCUGCAUGAGCAUUAUGUCAAGGAACUCACAACUACGUUUCGCACUUUUUCUCGAAUUUAAGAAAAUCUCUGAGUCGACUUCUAAAGAGCUCAAAGACAUUGGAAGAGCUGGAGCAAUCGCUGAAGAAUCAGUACUAGGUGUUCGCACAGUACAGGCACUUAAUGGACAAGAAGAAAUGGUGGCAAGAUACUGCCAACAACUAGAAAAAGGCACUGGUCACGCAUCAAGCAAAACCUUCUGGAGUGGAUUAUGGGGUGGAAUUUUCUAUGUUGUCCUCUUCAUUUUCAUUGGAUCCGGUUUUCUGUUUGGAGGCCAUCUUCUCCAAGUAGGAGUUAUUCAAACAACAGGCGACGUGGUUAUAGUAGUUAUUUCCAUGAUGUUAGGAGCAUACUUCCUGGGUUUAAUUUCGCCUCAUCUCAUGGUUUUACUGAACGCGCGAGUUUCAGCAGCGGUCAUCUAUGACACGAUUGACAGAGAACCCCACAUUGAUGUCUAUUCAACAAAGGGAAAAAUUCCAAUGGAUAUACAAGGUGAUAUUGAAUUCGACAACGUUCAUUUUUGUUAUCCAACAAGGAAGGACAUCAAAGUACUUAACGGUAUCAGCUUAAAAAUACAUGCUGGUGAAACGGUGGCCUUUGUUGGGCACAGUGGAUGUGGGAAAUCAACUGCUGUUGGCCUCAUUACGAGGCUCUAUGAAGCUGAAUCUGGAACAGUAAAAAUUGGUGGUUACGACGUUCGAGAUGUAAAUUUGGAGUGGCUCCGUAACGCUGUUGGCAUCGUUCAGCAAGAGCCGACGCUUUUCAGUGGUACUAUUGAGGAAAAUGUGAAAGUCGGCAAUCCAGCGAUUACAACAUCGGAAAUUAUAGAAGUGUGUAAAGUAGCUAAUGCCCACGAAUUCAUUACAAAACUUCCAAAGGGUUAUUCCACGGUUAUUGGCGAAGGAGCUGUGCAGUUAUCUGGUGGUCAGAAGCAACGGAUUGCGAUCGCUCGCACGUUAGCUCGAAACCCACAAAUUCUUCUUCUUGAUGAGGCCACAUCUGCGCUCGACGCAAAUAGUGAGAGUAUUGUCCAGAAAGCUCUUGACUCCGCGUCUGAAGGAAGAACUACAAUUGUGAUUGCACAUCGUCUGUCCACUAUACGUAAAGCUAGCAAAAUCAUGGUAUUCGAAAAAGGAAAAAUUAUAGAACAAGGAACUCACGAAGAACUCGUCGAUCUAGACGGGCGCUACGCUAAGUUGGUAAGAGCGCAGCAGUUUCAACCAGAGGACGAUGAUGACUUCGAACCUCUGAACACACAAGAUGAUGAUGAGGAUAUAGAAGGAGAAGUAUGUCGUAAGAAUUCCGAAACUCCUUCAAUUGGAGCAGAUGUGUUCAUCAGAGGACUAGUGUCCGGACAAUCCACCAGAAGCAGCUUUAUGGUGUCGAGUGGUGAACAAGUUAUGAUGGCAGUAGAGAGCACACAGUUUGAGCGGCAAGUAAAAGCUGAAAUGGAGGAGGUAUUCAAAGCAAUAAGAUAUUACGAGACGGACACAUCAAUUAUGAUGUCAAGUUUGAUCAUUUGCUUUGUCACCUACAUCUGCAUUGGUAUCGGAACGUUUAUCUUCCACUUCAUUGCUGACGCCGCCUACUUCGACAAUCCCGACCAUGCACCUGGUCGUCUCAUUACCAGACUAGCAACAGACGCCCCUAAUGUCAAGGCUGUUGUGGACAGUCGUAUGAUGUUUGUAAUUUUCAAUUCGACGGCAUGGGUGGUUUGUAUAAUCUUAUCGUUGAACUCAUCAUGGCAUAUCGGAGUAAUGGGAAUAGUUUUCAGUAUUCUAUUGGGAAUAAUCAUGGUGUUAUUAGCUCGCACUAUUCAGGCAAAAAAUCUGCAAAUGAUAAAGGAAAAUCAAGCCGACAAGUUAUCCAUCGAGAUCAUAGAGAAUGUUCGUACUGUACAACUGCUCACUCGUGAGAAACAUUUUUAUGAAAAAUACAUGGAAGCGUUGAAACAACAAAAAAAGAAGGAGCUUGAAAAAGGCUACUAUGAGGGUGCAAAUUUCGCUCUAUCACAAACGUUUAUUUGUUUCUCGCUAGCAUGCGCAUUUUCCAUUGGUAUACCUCUUAUUACUCGCUGGCAAUUCGAUUCUGAACAAAUUUACAGAGCAGUGUUCUCCGUUCUUCUGGCAUGCAUAGGAGUGAUGAAUUGUUCAACGUUUUUCCCAGAAUUCACAAAGGCCCGAACAGCUGCCGGGAUGAUGUUCAAUAUGAUUAAUCGCCGUCCAAAAACCGGUGAUAUUAACCAGGGAAUGCAAAUAAAGCUUCGUGGAAAUGUGUUCUUCGAAGAUGUACACUUUUCCUAUCCUCAAAGACCACACCAACCAAUUAUGUGUGGUCUUCAAUUUACUGUUAAAAAAGGUCAGACAGUCGCCAUUGUCGGACCAUCUGGAUCUGGUAAGAGCACUGCGAUAUCGCUGUUGGAGCGUUUCUACGACACAUCUGCUGGUACAGUGGUGAAUUUCAAAGAAAACAUCUGCUUGGGACUGAAAGAUGUUGCCGAUAGCAAAGUUCGCGAAGCUAUAGAAACAGCUAAUGCAUCGACAUUCAUCGGCACUCUCCCACAGGGAAUCGACACAGAAGUUGGAGAAAAGGGGACGCAGCUCUCAGGUGGUCAGAAGCAGCGGAUUGCAAUUGCCAGGUUUGGGCCGAAGUUCGUGAUGAAUUUAAUGAUAAAAUUAACUGGCAAGGUCGCUUUCAGAGCUAUUGUUCGUGAUCCAGUUAUUCUUCUUUUGGAUGAGGCGACAAGUGCGUUAGACGCCGAAAGUGAAAAGACCGUACAAGAGGCACUCGAACGGGCACGAACUGGCAGAACAUGCAUUACAAUUGCUCAUCGCCUAUCCGCUAUUAAAAGUGCUGAUCUCAUAUUAUAUGUGGAAAAUGGAAAGCUGAGGGAAAGUGGAACGCAUUCAGAACUAAUGAAUAAAAGAGGACGAUAUUAUCAACUUGUGCAGAAACAAAGCAUUGCUUCAUAA